UAUGGAAGCCACGUUGAGGGUAAGCGUCAAGCGCCUAAAAGGAGCGUAGCUUUAUUACACGCACGCACACACACCCACACUCUCUCUCUUUCUUCCUCUUCGCUUAUAUAACGCCUCCAACUCCGUUUGCUCUUCCUCAGACAUUGUCUCCGUCUUUUCCUUCAUCUUUCGUCCUCAUUCUCUGGACUCUUAUUUCUCUUGCUCCCUUUCCAAUGGCUCCCCGAGACCCACCCAUCUCCCUCGCUGCACCCACCGACCCCACUCUCUCCGCCAAAGAGAUUCGCUAUCGCGGCGUCAGGAAGAGGCCUUGGGGCCGUUACGCCGCCGAGAUCCGGGACCCCGGUAAGAAAACCCGGGUUUGGCUUGGCACUUUUGACACCGCUGAGGAGGCGGCGCGUGCCUACGACAAAGCUGCGCGGGACUUCCGUGGAGCCAAGGCCAAGACCAAUUUCCCCACUCCUUCUGAGCUUGUAAAUAACACCAACAACUCCACCCGCAGUCCUAGCCAGAGCAGCACCCUGGAUUCUUCGUCUCCGCCGCCGUUAGACCUUAGCCUCACGCCUCUUUGUACCGGCAUCGGUGCUGCGGGCUUUCCCCUCAUCCCCGUGGCUCGUCCCGUUGUGUUCUUCGACGCGUUUGCGAGGGCUGACAACAUGAAAAGCGUUGGCCGCCGCGAGAUGUGCGGGUUUGACCGCCCGGUGACCGAUUUACGUCCCGACGCCCGUAGUGCGCAGAGUGACUCCGACUCGUCGUCUGUUGUGGACUAUGUGCGUGCUCCCCAGCCCCGGAGGCUUCUGGAUCUCGAUCUUAACCUUGCUCCUCCGGCGGAAGUUGCUUGAUCUGGCCUCGCUUCGAAGACCUGACGGCUUAAGAUCUCUUUUCCCCACCAUCAUUCCAUCGCUUUAAUACUGUUAAUGAGUGUUUUCCUAGUGAACCAUUUUGGAAGAACAGAACCACUCUCUACGGAGAGACAAAGACAGAGGGGGUUCGUGUACGAGGACGUAGCUGACAUGCUCGGAUUUGUUGAUGAGGAUGACUCGAGCGGAUGUGUAUAUAGAUUAUAACCCAAAGCAGGCGUUUUGUUUUUUUUUUUUUGGGCGAACCGAGAAGCUAUUAGGAGAUUCUCACUGUUGUUUCUGCAAUUUAUGUUGACCAUAUAUAAAAUUAAUUCUAUUUCUGAUCUCGUUUAAA